UUUCUCUAAAUAAGAGUAGUACUUUCCUCAGAUGCCAAAUAUUCAGAUUAUAAGCAAACACUGUAUUCGAUUCACAUUUAUUUUAACAUUUUCCCCGAUUUUUCCUGGCAAACUCUUGAACUAACCCGCACAUCCAGUUAACCCAAAGACAUGUGGUGGAAUGGAGGCGAUUGCCGGGCUCCGGGCCUGCCGGAAAUUGAGCCGGAGGAGGAGGAGAGCGAGCUGCUAAGCAGCGGGCCAGAACCAACCGUGGGUGAGGAGAUGGAGGACCUGGACGGUGCCUACGACGAGCUGGAGCUAAUCAAGCAGCGCCUGUUGCAGCUGCGGGACACACUCCUGCCACCACAAAGGGACAAGUGCUACAUCCAACAGGAGGAGCAGGAGAGGGAGGACACAUCCUUCAAGACCCAGGAGAGCUUGCAGCUGAUUGAGUUGCGUCGCCAGAACUGCCAAAUGCGAUGCAAGCUGUCCACCGCAUACGAGCACCUGAACUCCAGCAGGAAGCAGAUCAAGGAGCUGGAAGGAUGGCGCUGCCUGCUCCAAUCCCGCAUCCAAAAAAUGAGCCACCAGUUGACCAAGUUUGGAGAGUUUAAGAUCAGAGCCAUCCACCACUUCGGUCUGUGCAUCGAGCGCUGGGAGCAGCAGAAGACCACCAAGGUGGAUCACGUCACCUACAGAAACCGGAUGCAGAGCGUAGUUAGCCACGCGGACAACUCCCGCCAGUGCUUGGUGCCGCUGCACUGCCACAAGGCCACUCGGCAGCACAUCCGUCUGGAACUGAUGCUCUUGCGCGUCUUCCUUCACAACCUCUUCGAGGCGAUGGUCAAUGAUUUUCGGUUCUUCUGCCGCCAGAUGAGUGUCAGGUAUACAAAGGCAUCUCUGCCGGAAAUCGGUUCCAGUCAUUAUCACGACCCUCAUAAUAAGGAUAUGGACACUCCGGUCUCCUCCUUAGCUUCUUUCGAUAUGGAUGUGCAUGAGUUUCCCCGUACUUAACCAUGGUGUUUCCGUUUUCAUUUCCCGAAGCCCUCUGUUCUUAAUUGUCGGGGAAUUGCGGCUCAAUUAGUGUUUGGCGGCCGUUAUGGUACUUUUGUGGCCAAUUCCCCGAGCCAAUAAUAAUUUGAGAAUUUAAACCCGAAGGGAAAUGGGGGAGCCGUGCAGCACACCUUCUCAUUAAAGCCCGGCUAUCAUAGCUUUUUCUUUCGCUCAAUCCAAUGCCAAUGCCAAUGACAGUGCCAGGAAAUGUGCUCGCAUUCCCACCAGGAUAAGAUGCGUAAAUACGAAACGGCAUCAGAUAAAAACAAAAGCAGAUUUGUCUUUCCCCAACCGAGCAAAUCGCCACCACACACUGAAAUAGACGAAAGCUAAGCCGACAGCUCCGGGCACUGCCUGAAAUCCUUAUCCUGCUCCAGCUUCAGCUCCAUCUCCAGCUUCAGCUCAAAUUCCAGCUCCUGGCUCUCGUAUCCUUUUUUUUGGAGUUUUUCGAAAUGCGUAAAAACUCAAUUGCGGCGCAUUUGGCGGAGGGUUUCAGGGAUGAGACAGGACGGGCCAUGUAGAAGAGUGGGGUUAGCAGGAAUCCUUAGAAUCCUGCAUCGACAUGGGUCCCGGGUCGAGUGAGAUGCCUGAUACGGAGAAUGGUGACCAAGGAGGGGAAAGGCGAAAACGAAUUUAUUGGAGUCAUGUGCCGAUAAGCGUUGGCUUCCCAAUGCCAAUGCCAAAUUACAAUGUAACAAGCGGUGCAAACAGACUGGAUAGGUUGGAUCUCAAAACAAUGAUCACUCUAGAAGGUAAAUGGAUAGGUAUUUAAUAGUAUUUAAUAUUAGAGUUGUGUUCUGACUAAUGUUUGGCUAUAACACGUAAAGAAAUACUUUAAAUAUAUCUCUCAAAUUAAAUGCA